CUUGUUCCCUUGAUUACCCCGUGUGUAUUUAAACCCACCUGUUGUCUUUGUCUCUGGUCGGAUCCUCGUCGUGUUACGACGUGUGUUCCUCGUGUUGCUGUUCCCCAUCCAUGGAUAUUCAUCAUUAAAUUCAUCAUUUUCAUCUACAUCCUGGGUCUGCCUGCGUCCUCGUUCUCACCACCACAACCAUAAAUCAUGACAUCUUUGGCAUACUCAGCUUAAUUAAAACGAGUUUAUGAAGAAAACUAUAUUAAGUCGCAACAAACAGAGCCUCCGUGCAGUUAUAACAUGAAGUUGAAUGAUUGUUAUAGUAAUAAUCAUGUCACUAUAAAAUUAAUAAAAUGACUAUUUCUGAAACCAACAUAAGUUUGUUUAUGUGUACUGUUAAACGAAGAUAAUUAGCAUUUGAAAGCAAACUUGCCACCAGCUAGCAACACGUUAGCAACCUUCGUCCCUUAGGGUUUUUAUUGUGAACCACAUUUAUUUUCCAUCUAGUCCAGUUGUGUUGUCUAACUCAGACUAUGACGUCACCAGCUUGAAUUUACCAAAACUACCAAGGCCCUCUUUACUUUUAAGGCGAUAUUAUGCGAGUAAAAUGCCAACUUUGAUUCAGAGCCUUUCUUCUCCUCCCCAGCUUCAAGGCUCUUCUUUAUGGCGCUUUAAAAAAAAACUGAGUGCAUUACCGCCACCAUCUGGUCUGGAGUGUGAACUGGAGUUAAUGCCGUUGUUGCGUUUUCUUAUUCAGUAUUCAUAUUCACAAUGAACCGCAAUUUUUGUUAGAUAGCUGUGUUCGUUAUAUUGCUAACGUUAAAGUUAUAACUUCUUCUCUGGGUUAGAACAGUGCUGCCUACACACAAGAACUCGCUGGUAUGUAGGAAUACAGAGAGUUGGUCACUUUAAGGUAAAAACAAGAAGUAGCUUCCAGUCCAGGGGGGCCACGGCUGACUCUGUGGGCGGGCAAUGCCCGCCCAUGCCGCCGGGCCCUGUAUGCUAUUAUCAGUGCACCAAAUGGUGACGUUUAUGUUUGAGUUGUACAUUGUCCCUUUUUAAAUAAAGUUCAUUUUUAAAAAUCAACAGACUGUUUCUUGUUUUGUCAUUUUUAUAGGAGCUGAAUCUUUCACGCCAUUCACCAAACAAGAAACAAUUCUGCAUAAAGGGUUGCUGCAAUGAAUGAAUCAACUGAAGUGAUUAUGGAUGGUAGUUCCCUGCUCAAGGCAGUCUACCAUAGUCGACUGCGUCUGACUCAGCUGCUCUUAGAAGGAGGUGCUUAUAUAAAUGAGAGUAAUGAAUAUGGAGAGACACCCCUUAUGGUAGCUUGUAAGACACAACACACAAAUCCACAAAGUGUACCUAAGCCUAAGAUGGUUCGGUAUCUUCUAGAAAAUGGUGCUGAUCCAAACAUUCAAGACAAGACGGGGAAAACGGCUUUGAUGCAUUCAUGCCUUGAACAAGCUGACCCUGAGGUUCUAUCCCUUUUGCUGGACAGUGGAGCUGAUCCAGCGCUGGAAGAUCAUGCGGGAUUAUCAGCAUUAGUUUAUGCAGUGAAUUCAGGAAACAGAAAAAUUCUUAGUGUACUUCUGGGUGCUUGUAAAGCAAAGGGUAAGGAGGUUAUCAUUAUCACUACCAGCAAAAUGGCUUCUGACCAUCAGAUGACAAAACAGUACCUCAACGUCCCACCCUCUUCUCUUUCGGGAUGUCUGUCUUAUACUUCAGUAUGUAGUUAUAGAUCUCCAUAUGAGUCCCAGACUGAAACUCUUCCACACAGUUCCUCAGCUACUCCUUCUCUCCAAACCUGCUGCUCUCUUCUUGGUCCCAGUAUGAUUAUGUUUCAACCAGGUUCUUCAGCCCAACCACUGAGUCCUGUACAUAUUUCUGACUUGGAUAAACAACUUUAUCCUUACAAGGUACAAACUGAACAGAGAUCUAAGAGUCCCUCCUUGCUGCUCCAACAAAAUCAAGCCUGUUCUCUGAUAGAGGAACCAGUGGAAAAUACUCUUGAGGAGGAGGAGCUAUCAAUCAGAUUAAAGGCUCUUGGCAUACAAAGAAGACCUCCAGCUGUUUCAAGGCACCACAGCAUUGAUGUUAAAGAUGGAACAGUGUUCCCAAAGUCUCUAGACCACAUAUCAGGGAAUGAGAAUGCUGAGAGAAGACGGAGAGGCCUUGGCAGAAAGAUGUCAUAUGAUAGUGCUGCAAGUUCUUUGCAUGCCUUAUCGCACCCAAACCUGCAUCAGGAUAGCCUCCCUUUUCCUAGUGAAUCCAGUGCAGUGGAUGAAGAUUCCUCUGACUGUCUUAGGCAGCUGAAUAUCUCCAGUCUACAAAAUGUAGUGAACCGCAGGAACAUUGGGAUGGAUCACUACAGUUCCGACUCACAGUUGCUGCAAGUUGGCAGUUGGGAAAAAAUUCUCAAAAGUGGUGGAGGAGCUGCAUCAGAAAGGCACAAACAGAUGAACAGCAGACAUUUUACUUUGUCUGAAACUAUGGGUUCUUUGGAGAUUUUUGUUCCAAGGCGAGGUGCUGCUGGGCUCGAGAGAAGAGGCUCCGGGGCCCUAUUUCUGGAUCGUAUUGCCCACACUCGCCCUGGGUUCUUUCCUCCUUUGAAUCCUCAUGCUCCUAUUCCAGAUAUUAGGGCUAGCCCUAGCUUUUCCUUCAGUUGUAGUGGGGGGAAUGGUGUUCUGACAGGGUCAAAAUCUGUUUUGCCCAGUGUACCUGCUUGUCCUCAGGAUCUAAAAAUUAAAAAAAUGUUGUGGAGACGCCACUCAAUGCAAAGUGAACAAAUAAAACAGCUUGUUAGCUUUAGGGAAACUCUUGGAAACUGAAAACUGUUGUACCUGUCAGGAGUAAAUGCAUAUAUUUACAGCACUGCGUAUGGCACUAUUCCAGUUAAAUAAAAGUCAAAGUCAAGUGAUUAAAAAAGAAAGACAGACUUGAUGUGUGACGCCUGCACUUCUAUUUUACAGUGCAGGCUAAAUAUCAAAAAGCUCAGUCCAGUUCCACAAACUGUGAAAAAUGUAGAGAAAAUUGUGGACCUUCUUCUGGGCCUUUUUUUCUAAAAUAUAUUUGGUGCUGUUGAGACGCUUUACCAAGGUCGAGAAAGAGUCACAUGCUGUUAGACAAAAGGCCCAUAGUAAAGAGUUACAUUUUUGAUACUGUUAGACGCUAAGGCUCAUUCCUCAGAGAAACAGAAACUUAUCAGGGACACAGAGACAAAGUGACAGAGACAGGGAGUGUCUUCAGUCCAUAUA